AUGGGGGAUGUGAAACUGGUGACAUCUACUCGAGUCUCCAAAACCUCCUUGACGCUCAGCCCCCCUGUCCCUGCUGAAGCACCAGCAUUUACUCUUCCUCCUCGCAAUAUCCGAGUGCAGCUGGGAGCCACUGCAAGAUUUGAGGGGAAGGUCAGAGGCUACCCCGAGCCUCAGAUCACGUGGUACAGAAAUGGGCAUCCUGUCCCAGAGGGAGACCAUUAUGUCGUGGACCGCAGCAUUCGGGGGAUAUUCAGCUUGGUAAUCAAGGGUGUGCAGGAAGGUGAUGGUGGUAAAUACACCUGCGAGGCUGCAAAUGAUGGUGGGGUUCGUCAGGUGACUGUGGAACUGACAGUGGAAGGAAACUCCUUGAAGAAAUACAGCCUGCCAUCCAGUGCCAAAACCCUUGGGGGAAGAAUUACUGUUCCGUCUGUGGAGCAUAGGCCAAGCAUCUGGGGAGAGAGUCCACCCAAGUUUGCUACAAAACCCAAUAGAGUUGUUGUGCGUGAAGGCCAAACAGGCAAAUUCUCAUGUAAAAUAACAGGACGACCUCAGCCUCAAGUAACUUGGUUUAAGGGUGAUAUUCAGCUGCAGCAAAAUGAGCGUUUCAACAUGUUUGAGAAAACAGGCAUCCAAUUCUUGGAAAUCCAAAAUGCUCAGCUUGCUGAUUCAGGAAUUUACACGUGCACAGUGGUAAACAGCGCUGGGAAGGCAUCUGUGUCUGCAGAGCUCACUGUUCAAGGUCCAGAUAAGACUGAAACUUACACUCAGCCACCAUGCAUACCAUCAAAACCAACAACACUUGCUGUUAAAGCCUUUGAAAAUUCAGAAUUCAAGCAGGCAACUAGCAAUGGUUUUGCUAAGGAGAUAAAAUCCAGCAGCACUGAACACAUGGUGGUUGAAACCAAAGACGUCGUUUCAGCAAAGAAAGAGACCUUCUACAUCACCAGAGAAGCCAAAGACAGUAAGCAGGAGCAGCACCAAGAAGGCAAUGCAGUGUCUCCUCAAGAACUUAAAGAAGGAAAAAAGGGAUCUCAGGUCUUGCAGAAAACUUCAAGCACCAUCACACUACAAGCUGUCAAACUGCAACCAGAAGCAAAGGCAGAACCCCAGGCCACUUUUAUCAGACAGGGUGAAGACAGGAAAAGAGCUGUGCAGUCCCUCAUGUCAGCUCAACAGACCCCAUCUCUGACAGGGCAAGUCAGUCCAAGGAGCAGAGAUGCAGAAAACAGAUGUGAAGCCCAGAAUGCUGUACUGGAGGAGAAGAGGGAGCCUCUGGGAGUUCCCCCUCAGUUUGAGAGCCGUCCACAGAGUCUGGAAGCAUCAGAAGGCCAGGAGAUAAAAUUCAAGAGCAAAGUUUCAGGGAAACCAAAACCAGAUGUGGAGUGGUUCAAAGAGGGCGAACCUAUUAAAGCUGGAGAAGAUGUCCAGAUAUAUGAAGAAGAUGGAAUUCAUUGCCUAUGGUUAAAGAAAGCCUGCUUGGGGGACACUGGAUCUUACAACUGUGCAGCUUUCAACCCCAAAGGCCGGAUUUCUACCAGCUGGUUAUUAACUGUCAGAAGGCUUAAAGUUCAAGAGGUUGCUCCGUGCUUUUCCAGUGUCUUGAAAGGAUGCACUGUGAGUGAAGGGCAAGACUUUGUGCUGCAGUGCUGUGUAGGAGGUGUACCUGUGCCUCAGCUCACGUGGCUUCUCAAUGACCAACCAAUUCAGUAUGCACAUUCCACUUUUGAAGAUGGAGUUGCAAAAUUGACUGUCCAAGACGCCCUACCAGAAGAUGAUGGCAUUUAUACCUGUCUGGCUGAAAACAACAUGGGACAGGCAUCUUGCAGUGCUCAGGUCACAGUCAAAGAAAAGAAAAGCAGCAAGAAGGCAGAAAAAAGUGCACAGGCUGCUAAGUUAAACAAGACUUUUGCACCCAUCUUCCUUAAAGGCCUGAGUGACCUCAAAGUGAUGGAUGGAAGUCAAGUGAUAAUGACUGUGGAGGUAUCAGCUAACCCACCUCCUGAAAUUAUCUGGCUGCAUAAUGGCAAAGAAAUCCAGGAGACAGAAGAUUUCCACUUUGAGAAGAAAGGCAAUGAGUACAGUCUGUACAUCCAGGAAGUAUUUCCUGAAGACACAGGCAAAUACACCUGUGAAGCCUGGAAUGAAUUAGGAGAAACUCAAACCCAGGCUACAUUGACAGUACAAGAACCUCAGGAUGGUAUUCAGCCCUGGUUCAUUAGCAAACCAAGAUCAGUGACAGCAGCUCCUGGGCAAAAUGUCCUUAUAUCCUGUGCCAUUGCUGGAGAUCCCUUCCCCACUGUUCACUGGUUUAAAGAUGGGCAAGAAAUAAUGCCGGGAACAGCCUGUGAAAUGCUGCAAAAUGAAGACAUCUUCACACUGAUCUUGAGGAAUGUGCAGUCUCGUCAUGCAGGGCAAUAUGAAAUUCAGCUCAGGAACCAAGUUGGAGAAUGCAGCUGCCAGGUGUCUCUGAUGCUGCGGGAGAGUUCAUCUUCCAGAGCAGAAAUGCUCAGAGAUGGGAGGGAAUCAGCCAGCUCUGGAGAGCGAAGAGAUGGUGGAGAUCAUGGUAAACUAACAUUUGGUAGGACAAGUGGCUUCAAAAAGAACAGCAGUGAAACCAGAGCAGCUGAGGAAGAGCAGGAGGACGUCCGAGGUGUGCUGAAGAGGCGAGUGGAAACUCGGGAACACACAGAGGAGAGCCUGAGGCAGCAGGAAGCUGAGCAACUUGAUUUCCGUGACAUUUUAGGCAAGAAAGUCAGCACCAAAAGUUUUUCUGAGGAGGAACUGAAAGAAAUCCCAGCCGAGCAAAUGGACUUCCGAGCAAACCUGCAGCGGCAGGUCAAGCCCAAGACCUUGUCGGAAGAGGAAAGGAAAGUUCAUGCUCCUCAACAGGUGGACUUCCGCUCUGUGCUAGCCAAGAAAGGCACCCCAAAAACCCCAUUGCCAGAGAAGGUGCCACCUCCUAAACCAGCCAUUACAGAUUUCAGAUCUGUGCUGGGCUCAAAGAAAAAGCCACCUGCAGAGAAUGGCAGUGCAGGCACCCCAGCACCAAAUGCCCGCCCCAAUUCUGAAGCCCAGAAUGCGACCCCCAAUUCUCAAGCCCCCGUUGCUAAACCAGCAGUGAAAAAAGAAGAGAAGAAUGACAGAAACUGUGAACGUGGGUGCGCAGUGGUGGAUGGCGGAAUAAUUGGGAAAAAAGCUGAAAACAAAGCAGCAGCAAGCAAACCACCAGAAAGCAAAGGAACAGCACCCUCCUUCACAGAGAAGCUUCAGGAUGCUCAAGUAGUAGAUGGUGAAAAAUUGGUCUUACAAUGUCGGAUUUCCUCUGAUCCCCCUGCAGCUGUCACCUGGACUCUAGACAGCAAAGCCAUCAAAUCAUCCAAGUCCAUUGUCAUCUCCCAAGAAGGGACACUGUGUUCACUUACCAUUGAGAAGGCCAUGCCUGAAGAUGGAGGCGAAUACAAAUGCAUUGCUGAGAACGCAGCAGGAAAAGCUGAAUGUGUUUGCAAAGUGCUGGUAGAAGAUGCCUCAUCCACAAAGACCUCAAAGCCUACUGAGAAGAAGAAUAAGAAGCCUAAGACCACACUUCCCCCUGUGCUGCCAACAGAGAGCAGUGAAGCAACAGUGAAGAAGAAACCAGCCCCAAAGACUCCUCCAAAAGCAGCUACUCCUCCUCAGAUCACUCAGUUCCCAGAAGACAGAAAAGUCCGUGCAGGUGAAUCAGUGGAAUUGUUUGCCAAGGUGGUAGGAACGGCACCCAUAACUUGCACGUGGAUGAAAUUCCGUAAGCAGAUUGAAGAAAAUGAAUAUAUGAAAAUUGAGAAUGGUGAAAACAGCAGCAAGCUAACAAUAUCAUCGACAAAGCAGGAACACUGUGGAUGUUACACCCUAGUUGUAGAGAACAAGCUUGGCAGCAGACAAGCACAAGUCAACCUUACAGUUGUUG